AUGGCUGUCUGCUUUAUGGUGGAUGAACUUCACGUUCUUAAGAAGAGGAUUAGAACACUCAGUGAAUCCUCCAGGAGCGAUGGAUCCAUAUCUCACACAGACCAAUCUGAAUUUUCACCUCAGGAAGACACUAUUUUAUCAAAUUCACCACCACAACCAGUCAGAUCUAGAAAACAAAAUAUAAGAGAGCUUCGUGAAGAGUUUGAAGAUUAUCCUGAAUUGUAUGGUAUACGUAGAUCUGCACGAAGUCGCAAAGAACCAUUACGUUUCAAAGCAUCAGAGAAAGAUACACCUGAUGCACUUUUUCGAGAAAAGAGAAGAAGUCGUUUUCCUAGCAGUUCAGAUAGUAAUAAUGUAACAGAUAGUGAAACAGACGAUUGGAAUGAUAAUAUAUCAACAAGACAUCGUACUGUAAGAACGCGAGGAAAUCGUGUCAAUUACAAAAGUGCUUUCGUAGAUGACAGCUUUGAUGAAUCUAACGAUGAACCAUCGGAACGAUCUAGUUCGAGUAUAUUUAAAUCAAUCAAUCAACGAACUUCAUAUGGCACUGUACCAAUACUAAAUCAACAAACGUGUUUCCAAAAGCCAAGAGGUCCUUUGGUCCGAAAACCUUAUGCACCAGUCUUGGCAAGCAGAAAUUCCAAGUCGUUCAUAAAAUCAGAAGAUGACAAUAAUCUGGACCGAAUUGGCGUAAAUGAACAAUAUUCAGAGGAGGAUGAAGAUGGUGUAAGUGGUGAAGUUAACCGGGAAAUUGAAUGGGGAGUUGAUGAUGAAGAAGUGGAUGUUAUUGAAGAGAUAUUAACUCAUGCUAUUCGACGUAAAGGUGCCACUGGUAAUCCUACCACUCUGUAUAAUACACAAUUGGAAAAAGAUUUAAAUGCUGGUUUUAAUCCUAAACAAGAGGAUGGUGAAUUACAAUUUCUCAUUAAAUGGCGUAAUUGGAGUCAUAUUCAUUCAACAUGGGAAACUGAAUCUUCAUUACGUAAUCCAGAUCGAGGUGCACCAGUUGCUGGUAUGAAAAAAUUCCAUGCAUAUCAAGCAAUUAUGCGAGAAAAAAGUGAACGUUUACAAUAUGUUGAAAGGGAAGAACUAGAAACUGUGGCUUAUGAAGAAGAACGUGAUGAACAAUUAUUACAAGAUAAAAUGAAUGUUGAACGUAUAGUCGCCCAUAGCCGUGAUCCAGAAACAAACACUUUUGAUUAUCUCAUUAAAUGGUUCCGUUUGGAUUAUCGAUUUUGCACUUGGGAGUCGGGGAAGGUUAUACAUUUACUCUAUGAAUCAGCAGUUCAAGCUUAUGAAACUCGUUGUAAUUCUACUACACUGCCUAAUCGAAAAUGUGAAGUGCUUUAUACACGACCAAAAUUUCUACCGCUAAUGGAACAACCUUCAUACCUUGGGCGCUCAAAGGAACUUCGUUACGUGAUUAUCAACUUGAAGGUAUAUGGACCUUUUCUUAUUGUUGUUCCUUUGAGCACUAUAUCAAGCUGGCAAAAAGAACUGCAAACUUGGGCACCAGAAAUGAACACUAUAAUAUAUACUGGUGAUCAUGUAUCACGACAAUUGAUUAGAGAGCAUGAAUGGUCAACUGGAGCUUCUAACAACAGACGUCAUCAAUCAUUAAAAUUCAAUGUUUGUGUAACUACUUACGAAAUUUUAUUGAAGGAUAAAGGUUGGCUUAGUCAAGUAAAUUGGGCCUUUUUAGGAGUUGAUGAAGCUCAUCGUUUGAAAAAUGAUUCAAGUCAAUUGUAUAAAACUUUAAAAACAUUUGAAACAAAUACUCGUCUAUUGGUUACAGGAACACCUUUACAAAAUACUAUGAAAGAAUUAUGGGCACUAUUACAUUUUAUUAUGCCGGAUUGUUUUCCAGAUUGGGAAGAAUUUGAACAGACUUACAGUGUUUCUCCUGAUGAUCCAGCUAAUAAAAUGAAUAAUGAAGCAUUUCAUAAUCUUCAUAAAACAUUAAAACCUUUUCUACUUAGACGAGUGAAAAAAGAUGUAGAAAGUUCAUUACCAGAAAAAAUUGAACAAAUUUUGCGAGUUGAUAUGACUAAAGAACAAGCAAAUAUAUAUAGAUUAAUUUUAGCCCGUAAUUAUGAUGGAUUAUUAAAAGUAACACGUGGUCAUAAAGCUUCUUUUAUUAAUAUUGUUAUGGAAUUAAAAAAAUGCUGUAAUCAUGCUCAUUUAAUUGCACCUCCAUCUGAAGUUGAUCAACAAUAUUUAACCAAAGAAGAUCGAUUAAGAUUAUUUUUAAAAGGUAGUGGUAAAGGUACCUUAUUAGAUAAAUUAUUACAACGUCUUAAAUCAAAGGGGCAUCGAGUUCUUAUCUUUAGUCAAAUGGUUCGUAUGUUAGAUCUUAUAGCUGAUUAUUUAAGUUUACGUGGUUGGGGUUUCCAACGUCUUGAUGGGUCAAUAAGAGGUGAAGUACGUAAACAGGCACUAGAUCAUUUUAAUUGUGAAGGUUCAACUGAUUUCUGUUUUUUAUUAUCUACACGUGCCGGUGGUCUUGGUAUUAACUUAGCAACAGCUGAUACUGUCAUCAUAUUUGAUUCUGACUGGAAUCCACAAAAUGAUUUACAAGCUCAAGCACGUGCACAUCGUAUAGGUCAAACUAAACAAGUAUCAGUGUAUCGUUUUGUUACUCGUGAAUCUGUGGAAGAAAAGAUAAUUGAAAGUGCUACACGAAAAAUGGUUUUGGAUCAUUUGGUUAUUCAAAGAAUGGAUUCAGCUGGUAUUCGUAGUGGUCGACGUGGCGAUACAGCUAAAGGUCAUUUACUUACUGAAAUUCUUCGUUACGGUGCAGAAGGAUUAUUUAAACAAGCAGACGAAGAUGCUACAGAAUUGGAAGUUGAUAUUGAUGAUAUUCUCAAUCGAGCAGAAACACGAGAUACAGAAGCUACAGUAGAGUCCAAUCCAGCUAACGCUUUGCUUUCUUCAUUCAAAGUUGUUAACCUCGACGCAUUGGAAGAAGAUACUGAUAUUAAAAAUGGAAAUGACUCAUUAAAUUCUUCAAUAAAUGCAGGUUGUGAAAAAACAUGGGAUCAAAUUAUUCCCAGUGAGUUUCGGGGACAAGUGAAAGCAGAGCAAGACAGAAAAACUCUAGUUGAACUUGAGUUGGGUCCACGACGUAGGCGUCCUGUCAAAACGUUCCAAGCAGGACUAAAUUCCAACCAGUCUUCUUCUGAAACAUCGGAGACUGAAGAAAAUGACAAAGUUCUCCCAACCCAACUUACAGAAAAAGAAAUUCGCGCUUUGGUUCGUGCGAUUAGACAUUUUGCACGCCCUCUAGAACGUAUUGAUGCAAUAGCAGCUGAUGCUGAGCUUCCCGAUCAUUCUGAGUCUGAACUUCGUGAGGUAGUAGAUGCUGUUCUAAAAGGUUGUCGAACAGCCAUGGAAGCGGCCUCCAUCAAUUCAAAUGAAGAGUCCCAGAAACAAGCGACUGGUGGUAAAGGACCUGUUUUUCAAUACGGUCGCGUUAGUGUGGCUGCAAGACCUUUAUUACAAAGUCUAGAAUAUCUAGAAACCCUUCACUUGUGUCUACCUUCUACCAGUAAAGAAGCACGUAUGUCGUAUGAAUUGCCGUUUUCUCCGAAACUAGUUGCUUGGUCAUGCAAUUGGGACAAUACUGAUGAUGUUCGACUUUUAGCAGGAGUUUACGAGCAUGGAUAUGACAAUUGGGAAACAAUCAAACUAGAUGCUGACUUAGAACGUCCACAAGCCAAUCAUUUACGAUCACGUGUGGAUUAUCUUUUAAAAAUGUUAGCUAAAUGCCAUUCAUCAGUCAGUAAAAAUACUGAGCAACAGAUGGUUACUAAAAAAAGAAGAAAGGACGACAGAGAGUCAAACAAAUCAAAUCAAAAAGCUAAAACAAUCACUUCAAAAGCCAAUGUAAAACAUACUAAUAAGCAAAUGUCUACCCCAAUAAAUUCAAUGCCUAAAUCAGCAGAAUUUGUAGAAACUGACGAUUCAUCAUCAGAAUCAGACUGUAAUAAAAAUAAUGAUGACAAGCAAGAGGAAAAUGAUAUUGAUAAUGAUAACACAUCAAAUCAACUGUUAAAAAACACUAAACAAUCUAGAAAAAGUACAAAUAAAUCAAAAAUUAAAUCUGAGAAAAAAGAUAAAUAUAUUUCAGAAUUAAAACCACCUACACUUCAACCUUUAUCAUCUAAUCAUCAAGAAAAUUUAUCUAAUGUACCUACAAUGUUGUUUACAAAAAAGGAAGAAGAUGAAUUUCGUAAUAUGCAAGGUCCAAUUUUUGUAAAAUGUAAAAAGAAAUUUGUACCGAUUAAGAAGCAUUUCAAAGAGUUGGAAGAUCUUGAACGAACUGAUGAACAAAAUCCAGUAAAACUGGCUAAUGUCGUUUUACAAAUUGGCGAUCAUAUUCAUUCCAUUGUAGAUGUAUAUCCCGAUAAAGAGAAACGUCAUGCAUGGAAAAAUUAUCUAUGGGAGUUUGUACAUAUCUUUUCAAAGAAUUCCACUGAAGAACUUCGACAUAUCUACAGACAUGCUGUGAAACGUCGAUUAAAAGAACAAAGAAAAAAAACAAACGAUGCCGAUUUCAAUUUUUCGCCAAAACAUCAUAAAAAUUCAUUACGUAACAGCAAUAGUAGUAUAGAUUAUUCUGAAACGACAUCAAAUCGUCAUUCUUCAAAUCGUGACUACUAUAGUAAUAAUAAUGAUAACAAUACUGGCAACGCUGCAUUAUUUCGACGAUAUCAUACAAAUAGAUUAUCGUCACAUGACCGAAAUGAUCGUCAUGAACAGCAUAGUGGGUACAGUCAUGGUGGACAGAAUAAAUAUUAUAAUAAUAGUGAUAAUGAUUGGCCUUCUUCCAUUACAAGUUCACAUAAAGAAUUCAAUCGAGAUAGGAACAACAAUAGUUCACGUUUUGAUAACGCUUUUAAUCGUCCACCGGGUCAAUCGAAUAUAAAACAUCACAAAGAUAGUGGAAGUUUUACUUCACAAAUGUAUUCACCUCGUGUCCCAUGUAGUCAUUAUCAUCAACAACAACAGCAUAAUUCCAGUAGUUAUUCUUCUGUUCAUCAACCUUGGACUAAUUAUUCAUCAUCAGACGAUAUGAUAAAUAGUUCUCCUAAAAUGGAAACAUACAAAUUUACCUCACAUUAUCCACCUGUGUUAUCAUCAUCAACAUCAUCUUGUAUGCCUGAAUCGAUUAUCUCUACUUCCAUCACUACCAAAGCACCAUCAUAUUUCUCAUCCAUGGGACAAUGUCUUCCCCCGCCACCUCCUCUUCCUCCCCUUCUACAACAACAUACAACUAAUCAACUAUCACGUGAUCCUCGACUAUCCUCAUCAAGAAGGUGA